UAAGGUCCAGAGGGCUCAUUUCGGAGCCAGCAUGAAGACUAUCGGACCCAUUUUAGUCUUGAACACCCUCUUUCUUUUAGUGUUGGUCACCUUGAGUAACGGGAUACAGAGAGCACCUCGAAUUAUUACAUUAUUGGAGACAGUGGACGUACUACUGGAUCACAACGCAACCUUCAUCUGUGAGGUAGAAUCCCAACCCUCUGCAGACGUCACAUGGACCAAGAAUAACCAACCAAUCAUGUACUACGACCCUCGUUACGUUACCAAGGAGCAGGGACAGAUGCUAAUCAUCCCCCAUGUCAGAGAGACGGACAAUGGGGAGUACUGCUGUCUGGCCAGUAACGGCAUUGGAGAGCCAGCCCAGAGCUGUGGAGCGCUGCAGCUAAAAAUGAAGCCACAGAUCAAGCGGCAUCCAACGAAUGUAACUCUUCUGGUGGAGUCCAAAGCCGUGUUGCCGUGUGUUACUCUUGGAAACCCUAAACCAGAUGUCACUUGGCUCAAAGAUGAUGAGCUCAUUAAGGUCAGCGAGCGCGUCAACAUUCUUGACUAUGGCGCGUUGAAGAUCAACAACAUUCAGAAGGAAGAUGCAGGCCAGUAUCGCUGCGUGGCCAGAAAUAGCUUUGGCUUGGCCUUUUCUAAGCCCGUCACCAUUGAAGUACAGGCUCCAGCCCGGAUCCUCAGAGUUCCCAAGGAGAAGAGAGUGGAAUAUGGCAGCCAAAUAUCUCUGGAGUGUAAUGCCACGGGAAAUCCGAUCCCCACCGUCACCUGGUUGGAGAAUGGAAACACAAUUUCAGGUGCUUCAGUGGAUGAGACCUUGGUGGGAGAGGUGAUUGUGUCUGUUCUUAAGGUGACGGUCAAUAAACCGGCCCUUUACACCUGCUUGGCCUCUAACAGACACAGUGCGGGGGCCAACACGGUCAAAGCCACCGCCAGAGUCACCGUCGCAGAGUGGAGGCUCUACAAGGGUGUUGCAGGCUUCUGCAGUGCAUAUCGCGGGGAUGUGUGCCGCUCGCUUUUACGCGAAGAUUCCCUGGUUUUCUUCAACACGUCUGUAUCUGACCCUGAAGACAUGCAAGAGUACCUGGUUCAGAGCUGGUGGACAGAGUUAGGAGGACUCAGUCUGCUGUGUGGCCCAGCGGUGCGUUCACUCCUGUGCCAUAUCGCCUUCCCUGACUGCAACCCGUCCGGGUUGGGACCUGCGCCCAAACCUGUCUGCAGGGAGCACUGCCUGGCGGUGAAGGAGCUCUAUUGCCACAAGGAGUGGUUGAUACUGGAGGGCAGCAUGUCUGUCCAACCAGGCCUAUUUAGUUCUGUCCCAGACUCCCACAGUCCCACUUUGUUGUUGCCCAAAUGUCAAACUCUACCCAGUCUCCAUUCAGACCCUGACGCUUGUACUCGCGUCCCGUUUGUGGAUAUCAGGACAGAUUUGGUGACAACAACAUGUUACAACGACAGAGGACGUUUUUACCAGGGGAACAUGAACGUGACCAGGUCUGGGGUACCAUGUCAGCCCUGGAACCAACAGGUUCCUCACCAGCACCGCCUGUCCGUGGACGCUAUUCCGGAGUUAAAAAGCUCUGAGAAUAAGUGUCGCAACCCAGGAGGAGUGAGCGACAGGCCGUGGUGUUACACUGCAAAUGCCAACAUCCGCUGGGAGUACUGUGCUGUGCAGCAGUGUGGGCAGGCAGGUACAGGAUCAGGUUACGCGUCCGUGCUCAAGCCAGAACCAGCGGGCCCUCGUGAACCACCUCGUCUCCCCCCAAUCACAGCCUCGUCCCCAGCGUACUCCAUGUCCGUCAUUGUUAUCGUCCUGGCCGGGCUGGCCACUGCAGCCGUACUCAGCGUCAUCAUCCUCGCAUGUCGGCGCCGGAGGAAACAGUGGCGACAACACAAGCGGGCGAUGGAGACCCCGACUAUGACGGCCCUUCCUUCAGAACUGCUACUGGAUCGUCUGCACCCCAACCCCAUGUACCAGCGGGUCCCCUUGCUCCUCAACUCCAAGCUGAUGGCCCUUGAAUACCCCAGAAACAACAUCGAGUAUGUUCGAGACAUUGGCGAGGGAGCCUUUGGCCGAGUUUUCCAAGCAAGGGCGCCAGGAUUGCUCCCCGUGGAUCCUUUCACCAUGGUGGCAGUGAAGAUGCUGAAGGAAGAAGCAUCAGCCGACAUGCAGAAUGACUUCCAGCGAGAGGCAGCCCUCAUGGCCCAAUUUGACCAUACCAACAUUGUGCGACUCCUGGGUGUGUGUGCGGUAGGUAAGCCCAUGUGCUUGAUGUUUGAGUACAUGUCCCACGGCGACCUGAACGAGUUCCUGCGCCGUCGCUCUCCGACACGAUCCGCACGAACCCUCAGCCGCGCCAGCAUGUCGGCUGGCAGCUGGUCCUCGGAGACGGAGGCGGGGGCCCUGGCCUGCGCCGAUCAGCUGUCGGUGUCCAAGCAGAUCUCAGCCGGCAUGGCCUACCUCUCCGAGCGCAAGUUCGUCCACCGAGACCUGGCUACACGAAACUGCCUGGUCGGGGAGGAAAUGGUGGUGAAGAUCGCCGACUUCGGCCUCUCCAGGAAUAUAUACUCAGCGGACUACUACAAGGCCAACGAGAACGACGCCAUACCAAUCCGCUGGAUGCCCCCGGAGUCUAUUUUUUACAACCGCUACACCACCGAAUCGGAUGUUUGGGCUUACGGCGUGGUGUUGUGGGAGAUCUUCUCCCACGGCAUGCAGCCGUACUACGGCAUGGGUCACGAGGAAGUCAUCUACUACGUGAGGGACGGUCACGUUCUGUCCUGUCCGGAGAACUGCCCGCUGGAGCUGUACAACCUGAUGAGGCUCUGCUGGAGCACACACCCGUCAGACCGGCCCAGCUUCUGCAGUACACAUCGGAUUCUGGACCGGAUGCAUCAACACACACUGAACACAACUGCUGAUGUUGAGGCAGACUGAGGUGGGAGAUGGUUUUUUUUUUGUCUUUUUUUAAGAUUUUCAAGUAAGAUACCGUAUUUUCCGGACCAUGGGGCGCACCAGAGGUGGGUAGUAACGCGCUACAUUUACUCCGUUACAUCUACUUGAGUAACUUUUGGGAUGAAUUGUACUUCUAAGAGUAGUUUUAAUGCAACAUACUUUUACUUUUACUUGAGUAUAUUUAUAGAGAAGAAACGCUACUUUUACUCCGCUACUUUUAUCUACAUUCAGCUCGCUACUCGCUACUAAUU